CUCACACACCAUUUUCACAUCAAAACCUCUACCUUUAGCCCUUUUUCAUCAUUCUUUUCUCAAUCGCCUCAACAAUGGCCGGUGGAAAAUCAAAAUCAAAGGCUUCCAAGAAGAAGGUCAGCAUCGAAGCCUCAAGCUCUGCGCCUAAGCCAUUCCCCUAUCUCGAUGGGUCCUUCUUGGAGUUCGGGUCGGAGGAGGAACUCAACCGGUUCCUCACGCACUUUGCCAAGCGUCCCAUUUCUCCGCCUAGGGUGCUGCCCGAGUUGUACCCUCAACAAAAGGGGUACCACGACCUCAACAAUGAGCUUCAAGCGUCGGGUCUGUGGUCAUUUUUCUCCAGGAGCCGUCAGUCCUACAAUCCCGCCUUCGUUCGAGCCUUCUACUCAAAUCUCCGCCGGGACGGGGACACCAUCCGCAGCAGCAUCAAUCUCUACAACAUAGAGAUUGACUUGCCGACCUUUGCACGGAUCGCAGGGCUGCCCAUUCGAGGCGAUGACAUCGCGACAUACGGUGGCGACGAUUGGAUCCUCAACAACGAGGCAGUGGUCAUCCGAGAGCUAGGGAUGACCAACCUCAUCCGCCACAGCGGCACGCCAACAAUUCACUCGGCAACACCUGACAAGCGCCUCCUCCUCUACAUCAUCACCCGGAUUCUUCGCCCCCGGGACAGCAGCCAUACCUCGCUCUUCAACGAGGAUUUGAAGGCGAUUCACGCAAUCAUCCACGGCGCCUCCAUCAGUUGGGCAAAAUUCGUCAUGAUACACAUGGCGGAUUGCGCCUCACUCGCCACCGAGCGGAGCUUGCCGUACGCCUUCCUCGUCAUGGACAUCAUUGUCGCCUCCGACAUCCACAUCGCCGGACCGGAUAUGAAGAUGACGAAGGUUUGGGUCAUUCAAGACAGCACCUUCUGGGAGAAGUCCGGAGACCGAGACGACGCCGGACCGAGUCGUGCCCGUGCCCCCACCCGUGCACCUGCCCCCGCUCCCGCCCGGGCCUCAUUGCAGUCCAUAGCCGAUACCCUGAAUCGGCUAACCCUCACGGUGGACGACAUGGGGCAGUACAUGGAGCGGAUGUUCGCCGGAGCUAACCACAAACCUCGCCGGAAGUUUCGCCGGAAAAUUCUCAAAACCUUCGAUAAGCUUCGAGGGGCUGCAGACCUGGAUGGAUUAGGGUGUUACAGGAUGGAUUGGACGCUGCAACGUCAACACCAUGACAUGACGGCGUUCUUCCGCGGCAUCAACUACGUCCCGCCGCCUUUUGACAGCACCUUCCUCGGCCAAAACUAUGAAGGCGAGGACGAGGACGACUACUCCUAUGCUCCGUCCUCCUCCCCCGAUAAGGCCGACUUUGAGGACGCGGUCGACGGCGAUCCCAUGGACGUCGAGGAUGACGAGGAUGACGAUGACAUGGAGGACGAGGGCGCCGAUGCCUAGACUCUUCUUUUCUCUUCUCUCCUUACUAUGAUUGUAUUUUUUAUUUCCAUUCCGUUGUAUUCCGCAUUUCCCUUUUUAAUGAAUAAAAGUUUACUUUUAAAAUUCUAAAGCAUACUUUUAAUUCUUUUUGUUAAUGUCAAAAGGGGGAAGAUAUUAAGGUUAUGCAUAAAUUGAGGGGGAAUUU